AUGACCGUCGUCACAACAACUACCACGGCAACCGCCACAACUACCAUGAUACUCCCACCGUCUUUGGGAGCUUUGGCCACUGUCUUCUCUGAGUCUUUUGUUCUGUACUUGAACCUCUUAGAUAGGCUUCCAGGUGGUCCUAUCAUUCUUAGGUACAUCAGACUGUCGUACAAGAACGAUCCCAUUCGGUCUGUCUUCGAGUUGGCCCUCUUCUUGUUCGCAGUACAUUAUUUCUUGAUGUCGAAAAGAAAGGAAAACAAGGAUGUGCUCAAGUUAUCAAAGCGGGAGAUUGACGGUCUUUGUGCCGACUGGAAACCUGAACCACUUUUGGAUCCUGUCACCGAUGAGGAGAAAUGGCAACUCAAGUGUGUCCCAGUUAUUCAUGGACAGAAUGGAGCCCAUAUAUCUGUUUCUCUGCAGCAUUCAAAAGGUACCCAACGGCAAGUCGUCAACCUUGCAAGUUACGACUUUUUGAAUUUAAAUGAGAGUGAAAGGGUUAAGGAAGCUGCCAAGGACACUAUAUCUAGCACUGGUGUUGGUGCUUGUGGGCCCCCAAAUUUCUACGGAACUCAAGAUGUACAUGUUCGACUUGAAGAAGACUUGGCAAAUUACUUUGGUGGAGAGCAGGCGAUCAUAUAUGGUCAGGACUUUGUUACUGCAGGUUCCGUCAUACCCGCCUUCUUGAAACGUGGAGAUCUUUGUGUUGUGGACAGUGGUGUCAAUAUCGCGAUCCAAAAAGCAUUGAUUGUCAGUCGCUGUGACAUAGAGUGGUUUGAUCAUAAUGAUACCGAGCACUUGGAGCAAAUUUUGAAGGAGAUAAAGCCUGUGCUCGAUAAACAAAAGCCAAUAAAGAGACGUUUUAUCGUUACAGAAGGACUCUUUGCCAACACAGGUGAUUUGCCCAAAUUGCCAGAGAUUGUGAGAUUGAAGAACAAGUACAAGUAUAGGCUCUUUCUUGACGAAACUUUGUCUAUUGGCUCAUUGGGCAAAUCUGGAAGAGGUGUGGUUGAACACUUUGAUAUUCCAAGAUCUGAAAUAUCUAUCACUAUUGGUUCAUUGGCAAACUCUCUUGCCUCAUCUGGUGGGUUCUGUGUUGGAGUUAAUCCAAUGGUACACCAUCAAAGAAUCUCAUCACUCGCCUAUGUUUUCAGUGCUUCUUUACCUCCUUAUUCUGCGCGUGCUGCUUCCCAGUCUCUUCGUGAAAUUGGAGAAGAUUUGGAUAAAGACGGUAAGUCGAAGUUGGUGUCGAAGUUGCAUGACAAUAUCUCAUUUGUCCGUGCUACCUUGGCAAAGUCUAUUCCUACCCAAUACCUUUCCAUUGUAUCAGAGAAACUUUCCCCGAUCAUUCAUUUACAAUUAAAUGAAAAAUACAGAGAGUCGUUGGGAUUCCCCUUAUUUUACGGUAGUGCUGAAUUUUUGAACACUGGGAAACCCUCACGCACGUUAAACGAAUUUAGUCAUAGUCUCAACUGGGAAUCUUUCAUUUUGCAAAAGAUAAUCGACGGAUGUUUGCUGCAGUAUGGAAUACUUAUCACAAGAUCCCACAACAUUCUCAAGCACGAAAACUUGCCUUUGACGCCUCCACAUUUGAUGGUAAUGGUCAAAGUGGGAGUGGAGCAAGAAGAAUUAAACGCAUUAUCCAAGGCUUUGAGCGCGGUGGUACCCGAAGUGUGCAGUCGCUAUGCAUCAGAAGCAUCAUUCUUGUCAUCUACUAAUGAACUUAUCAACUAUUAG